AUGGCCGACAGCCUAGCAGACCUACAACCAUCCAGGAAGUGGAAGUGCCUUGGCUUAGACUGUGGAAAUGACGCUGGAGCUCUUCAAUGCCCAACAUGUCGGAAGCUAGCGAUAAAAGGCAGUUACUUCUGUUCCCAAGUUUGCUUCAAGAAGAACUGGAACCAACAUAAAUCUGUACACAAAAUCACCCCUCAGCCAGAUCCAGUUACCGGCUUAUACAAUCCUUUCCCGACAUAUGCGUUCACUGGCUCUGUUCGGCCCGUCUACCCGCUCUCUGCGAAGCGCCCUGUUCCCCAAUCAAUCGCACGGCCCGACUAUGCUGAGACCGGUAUACCCAAGAGCGAGCGGCGUUUGAAUAGGAUGAAAAUUGACAUCCUGGACGCCAGGGGUCAGGAAGCAAUGCGUAUGGUUUGUAGACUGGCUCGAGAGGUACUGGAUGUUGUCGCUGCCGAGCUCAAGCCGGGUGUUACCACAGAUUAUCUUGACGAAAUUUGUCACAGAGCUUGUAUAGAACGGAAUUCAUAUCCAUCCCCCUUGAACUAUAACAAAUUCCCAAAGUCCCUAUGCACCUCUCCAAACGAAGUCGUCUGCCACGGAAUCCCCGACCAACGAAUCCUCCUCGAUGGCGACAUCCUCAAUCUUGACAUCUCCUUAUACCACGAGGGCUACCACGCCGACGUAAAUGAGACAUAUUACAUCGGCGAGCGAGCCAAGGCAGACCCGGACUCAGUCCGGGUCGUCGAAACGGCUCGCGAAUGCUUGAACGAAGCUAUCAAGCUCGUGAAGCCGGGCACGCCCAUCCGAGACUUUGGCAACGUCAUCGAGAUGCAUGCAAAGGCCAGAAACUGCAGUAUCAUGGCGACAUGGGGCGGUCAUGGCAUCAACACCAACUUCCACCCCCCGCCGUGGAUCCCGCAUUAUGCCAAGAGCAAGGCGGUUGGGGUUUGUAAGGCCGGCAUGGCUUUUACGCUUGAACCUAUCCUCGCGCUGGGGAGGGGAAGGGAGGUUUAUUGGCCGGAUAAUUGGACGAAUGUUACUGUUGAUGGUGGGCGUACUGCUCAAUUCGAACACACUCUGCUUGUUACGGACACGGGCGUCGAGGUCUUAACUGCGCGGAACGAAAAUUCUCCAGGAGGCGCGAUUCCAAUACCAACGACUGCUACUGAUUGAGCAGUGGACGUUGUUGGUGCAAACGGCGGAUAGAUUCUCGCCCAUCAUUGCAUAGUUAGAUGCCAUCAUAGCCUAUUCAGGCCAUUUUCCUUUUAUUACUCUUUUCCUUUCGAAUACGGAAGCAUGAAAGGAACGAUCGGAGAUUUAUUUCACGCCAGCAUUGGAGGCUCAUUCAGCUUACAAAAACCAAAUCACAGAUAGCUGCUGUGCUCUACAGUGCUCGGGAAAUUUCUUGAGUAGCUUGGGGUAUAUAUAGAUAUCUUCAUUAUCUAACGGGAAAUUGAGUUAUUUUAGCACAUAAGCUCCAAAAUCCCGCAAAAUCGUUCAAAGGGCAUGUGGAAGUGGAAGUAGAAUGUAAGCCAGUGGUUCGUGCGCAUCACUUUUCGGGACAGUUGUCUUUAAUGAUUGGAGUGAUCAGAGAAGAAUGAUGUUGUGCGUAGAUUGGCGGACCGAGGAGUCCCCUGAAAGGUCCGGAUAUCACUGCCUAGAUUCUGCGUGAGGUCUUUCAGAACUUCGAUUAACUAAGUAGUAAAAAAUGUUUAAUUUUGAAGUGCGUUGGGCAUUGGCAACUGGAGCAAGAUUUUUCGGACUUACUCCUCGAUGGAGGGCUUGAGUAGAGAUGGAAGACUACGCAAUAGGGAUAUUGGCGAAGGACAAGCUUGGUGCUUCAAACGCCCAGCUGAGUGCAGUUUUCUGUGUAUGAACGUCUCGCUUUUAACAAUACCGAGAGGCUAUUCGGUGCGUUGAUCAAGUGUUCUCAGCGGGGGCCAGGCGUUGGGGAGCAUUGCAGUUAUAUUUACAUGCUUAGCAAUGUUUUGUCUCUACUAGACAGCUUCCCACCGGAGCGGGUAGAUGCAACAUGGACGAAUGGAAGCGAUAGAACGAAAGAGCAGAGUUUCAUACGCUAGUAAAUUGAAUUGCUCAUCUCUUGCGGUUAAAGAGCGUCAUAGAUGUUGUAAGAAAAGGAUGUUGAAUCAUUUGGCAAGGUCAUAUUUCCAUCACUAUUGAAGUCAAGGAAAACCGAAAAUUAAAACAGAGGCAUUGC